UGCGAUCACGAACACACGUGCGUUCACGAGACGUCACGCACACGCCAGCACUGCUGAACCUUGUGGGAUCAGAGGAAAGAGGAUGGUGCUGUCGUUUAGGCCGCUGAUCUCCGUCUCUGUGCUGACUCUGUUGGGCUGGUGCUGGUACAGCUUUAGGAGGAGGAGGCCAACGACAUAUCCUCUCUGUAGUAAAGAGACCGUGUGUUGUUCGGACAGAAGCAGCCCUGUUCACUCCUCCUCUGCUGACUCCAGUAUUUUGGGGGAAAGUGAUCUGAACAUGCACCACAGCAACUCAGGAUCCUCUGAGAUCAAAAACCUUACCAGCACCUCUUCCAAAACAGGCCUCACCAAGGGAGUUCGACCCGAGCCAGAAGGAGAAGUAUCUGUUCGCUUCCCUGAGACUCUCCAAACUGAGCAAGAAAAGGACGAUGUUGCUGGUGAAAGUCAUCCAGACUGGGGAGAAGUUAGUGAAGACGACUCUAGGCUUGAGUCUGAUCUGGUUUGUCUCUCUUCAGAUCACCUUGCCACGGACUCUCACACAUUAACAGAGCAGCAGUCAGGUCCUGUCCGCUUGGACAGUCAUAAUGGCAGCAACCUGACCCCUGAUGGAGGCCUGAACCAGGAGAACCUGGAGAAGAUCAGUUCUGUUCAGGUCCAACAGGUCAUAGACCCAGCAGCAGAGAACUGGAAAAACCAGGAACCCUGUGAUCCACGUGAGCUUGGAUUUCAGUUUCCUGCACAAGAAUCAUUCAGCUGUGAUGACAACAGAAGAGGAUGCCUUCAGGAUGCCAACUCUUUCAGGGGAAAACUACUCAGCCAUUUAGGAUCUUCUGGUGGAGACGAUUCUGGAUGUGGAUCCUGCUUCUCAGAGGAUGCAUUCGGUGCAGAGGGGCUGACCAGAGAGUUGUCUGAGGAAGGUCAAGGGUUUGUGAUGACCCCCACAGAAGCUAACGCAGUCAGCAUUGAGAGCAAAAUGACUCCUUGUAUGCUCGAGGGGACAGAAGAAGAGGAGGAGGCCUUGAGAGGUUCAGAUGUUAACAGCUGCAUUAGUGCUGACACUCAGCUGAGCAGCUUGGCUCCUCCUCCAACCCCACAUAUCAUUUUCUGGGACAUAGAGGUGCCAGCGCAUCUGGUUGGCCGAUUGAUCGGGAAACAGGGGAAGUUCAUGAACUUCCUGAAGCAGAGCUCUGGAGCAAAGAUCUAUGUAUCCACCCUGCCUUUCACUCAGGAGAUUCAAAUCUGCCACAUCCAGGGCUCACAGCAGCAGGUGGAUGAUGCUCUCUCACUCAUCAGGAAGAAGUUUAAAGAUCUGGAUCUGACUAAUUGUGUUCCUCUGCCCUGCCUGCCAAUCACAUCCUGGCUGCUGCUGCCUCAGGAUGUGUUUCUGGAGGUGAUCGUUUCUCGGGUGGAGGCGGGUCAUCAUCUGUUCGUUCAGCAGCACAGACAUCCAUCUUAUCAGGCCCUUCCCACCCUUAUUCAGCACCUGCAGCUCUGCUACUCUCAGCCGGGAUGUCCCAGCCUGCCCACCCCUGUCGAAGUGGGGGUGGUCUGUGCAGCUCCGGUGACAGGAAGUGGCUGGCAGAGAGCCCAGGUCAUCCAGUAUGACAGCGAGUUUGGCACAGCUCACAUCAGAUAUGUAGAUCAAGGAGGUUAUGACACCGUGAACAGCGCCACCCUCAGGCAGAUCAGGUCAGACUUUGUAACAUUGCCAUUCCAGGCAGCAGAGGUUCUGCUGGACAAUAUCACUCCUUUGCCAGGAGAGGAGAAGUUUUCUCUGGAGGCCAAAACAGCGCUGGAGGAAUUAACUGCAAAUAUGGCUUUAAUCAUCAAGGUGACAGGCAGUCAAGACGGCCUUCCUCUGGUGCACAUGUGGAAACAGGCAGGAGACGAGGUGGUUCUGGUGAACAGAUUAAUGGCUGAUCAGGGGUUUUGCACCUGGUUCGAGAUGCAGUGAUGGCACAGCUUUUCUCUUAUUUUCUCUUGAACACCCUUUUGCACAGUAAAUUUGUUUGUUGUAUGAAGAUUUUGUUAGAGACCUCAUUUUUGAAGAAUUCUCUUUAAAUUGUUAAUAUUAUGCUAUUUGAUGUUAUUUCAAUGAUGAUUGAAUUAAGUUAUUGCUCCAGAAUGCAUUGCAGAGUAAACCAAAGCUGCUUAUGUGAACAGGUGCUAAUAUUGUACUGUUCUCUAAGAUUAUCUCUUGAAUGCUGAUGGUUUGAAAGAUUGUGUUGCACUCAGGUAUUUUGAUAUUGAAGUAUAUAUUAGAUGUAUUUGUUAUUUUCUUCGUCUUUGCAUUUUGUUUCUUUUCUGUAAGAUAAGGGUGGGGACAGUGUUGUGCUCUCUUACUGUAAAGCAUGAAAGAACUCCAGCAGUGAAGAGCAUUAUGAUCCUCUGCUCAAAUGAACUUGUACGAUCCAGUGCUCUGUAUUCUCAUGCUGAUGCCGCCAAACAUCUCACUAACGUUGAAGUAAAAGAUCUGUG